AAAGGCAUAAUGCGGACGGAAAAGGGACCCGGUGUGAAGAUCCUCUGGCUUUGGGCUAUCGGAACUGCCGCAGUGCUGGUUACAAGUGUGGCUAGGACUAGGAUAAGAGAUAUGGAGCAGCUCAUAAACGCCCAAGAAAAAACCUCUCAACCGAUCGAGCCCAAUUCAGGACUUAUCGACACUACAACUGAUUCCACCGAAGUUGUUCGAGAAGAAAAAUUUUAAGGUAUUCAACUUAUUUAUGUUUUUGAUGUUGAAGUAUUGUUCGCAGGGUAGCGUGUAUGUUACCUGUUUGAUGAAUUGUCUGAAUGACAUAUUUGAAGCCCCACUUGAGUUUUGUUUUUUUGCCAUGUUUUGUUACGUACUUGGUGCAUUGCGAGAAGUGAUAAUCAUCAAGAUGCUUUCUUUAUAUAUUCAACAAGCAUAACUACCUCUCAUUGAUUAUUGUUUUAGAACAUAUUUUCUAUAAGUUGAUUUGAUUCUGUUUUCCACUUUCUAGGAGUGGCAACAUGUGUUAUGGAUGUGCCACCAUUGUUCUUCUUGCCUCAGUUUAACUGUGUGUUCUUCAAUUUCGUUGUCAUCGUAUUCUACGCGUUUCAUAGCUGACGAUGGUAUAAUGAUGGUAUAAUGGGUGUAAUUCUUGGCAUGACACAAAAUGGGGGAUAGCAAUUUUGGUUAGACCAAAACAGUUUUUAAGUGUAAAAAUAGAAUUUUUGGUCGACUUUGAGCUUAAAUUAAAGUGGGAAUU